CCCGGAGCUGCCGGCGGCAUGAUGCGACGGGCCGGGGCGCCCGCGCGCGGGGACCCCGCGGGUCCUAUUCCAGAUCUUGGCAAAGAAGAGGGAGAAGAAGAAGAGGAGGAAGAUGGCAUGGGGCUUUGUCUGUCCCCCACCCCCAAGAACUGCCUUCCUCGCCGAGGCAUCAGCGUCCUGGAGAAGCUCAUCAAAACGUGCCCAGUGUGGCUGCAGCUGGGUCUGGGCCGGGCAGAAGCAGCCAGGAUCCUGAGCAAGGAGGCAGCCGGGAUGUUCCUGGUUCGCCAGGACAGCAGCUUGAAGCACCUGGUGCUCUGUGUCCACUUCCCUUCCCUGAAUGAGAGCUCGUCCGAGGUGCUCGAAUACAUUGUUAAAGAAGAAAAAUCGAUAUUGUACCUGGAAGGCUCAGUGCUUGUGUUUGAGGACAUCUUCAGACUGAUUGCAUUCUACUGUGUCAGUAGAGAUUUACUGCCCUUCACACUGAGGCUGCCACAGGCUGUCCUGGAGGCCAAGAGCUUCACAGACCUCGAGACCAUCUCCAACCUGGGCCUCGGCUUCUGGGAUUCCUCGCUGAACCCCCCACGGAGAGGUGUCCACCCAGCAGAGCCCCCAAGAGACCCGGCCCCCGGAUCCCCCCCAGCCUCCAGCCUCAGGUCUGCUGCCCAUUACACAAACUGCUCCUGCGAGAUCGUGCUGUCGGUAGGAAAUGACCGCCUGUGGUUUGUGAAUCCCGUCUUCAUCGAGGACUGCGGCCGCGCCCUGCCCUCCGACCAGCCGCCUCCUGGAAGCUGCCCCCUGCGCCCGCUGCCUGCCACCUCUGCCGCUACCUCGCCCACCUCCAGGUGGGCCCCACGCCGCCCACCGCCCCCUCCCCCAGCGGCGCCCCUGCAGCCCUCUGGCCUAGCCCAGCCUCCUGCGCCCCCUGCUCCUUCCCCUGCCUGUCCUCUGCCCAGUUGUCCCCCAGUGUCUGCCCCCCACCUCACACCUCAUGCCCCGGCUCCCCCAGACCCUCCAAGCCAGCCCCCCAUGACAGCCUGCGAGAGGCUCCCACGCCCUGCCACAGGCCUGGGCCCCCUCAGGGAGGAAGAGAUGAAGCCAGAGGCAGCCCCCAGCCCCCCGCAGCAGGCCCCUGUCCCUCCGUUACCUGUGAAGAAGAGCCUUCCAGCUGCUCCUCCCAGACGACGCAUCUCUGAGAAGCCACCCCUAGAGGACCAAGGUGUGGGAAUGGCGGCAGAGGGGGACCAGCCAGCUCUUUCCAGGACAACCCUACUCAGCCUGCCUCCCCAGGUGGCCUCAGACAGCCCUGGGGACAAGCCUAAGGGGACCACGGAGCAAGGCCAGAAAGCAGAGGCGAAAGCCAGCCAACCAGGCGGCCUGCCAGAGCCGCCGAGGAAGACCAAACAACCCCCCGUCCCGCCCCCCAGGAAGAAAAGGAUCUCCCGGCAGCUGGCUUCGGCCCUCCCUCGUCCCUUGGAGAGCGCUGAGCUCUCCACACAGGCGGUAACCUCUGAGACGCCCACGCCCGGUCCACCCCGACAAGGCCAAAGUCCUGCCUCCCAAGCGGGGACCGUGCGCCUCCAGGCCCAGGCCAGUGCCCACCCUCAGAGCUCUCCAGAGUUCAAGGGCUCCCUGGUCUCCCUCUCAGACGGCUUGGGAGUGCCCACCUUGGCCCCGGACCAGGACUCCUACUCGACCAGCAGCACAGAGGAGGAGCUGGAGCAGUUCAGCAGCCCCGGUGUGAAGAAGAAGCCCUCGAUGAUCCUGGACAAGGCACGGCACCGGCUGAGCUUCGUGAGCUUUAGCAGCGUCUUCCGCGCCUUCCUUUCCAACGACCGCAAGCUGUUCAAGAAGGUGGUGGAGCUGGCGCAGGACAAGGCCUCGUACUUCGGCAGCCUGGUGCAGGACUACAAGGUGUACAGCCUGGAGAUGAUGGCGCGCCAGACCUCCAGCACCGAGAUGCUGCAGGAGAUCCGCACCAUGAUGACCCAGCUCAAGAGCUACCUGCUGCAGAGCACCGAGCUCAAGACCCUGGUGGACCCCAGCCUGCACUCCGAGGAGGAGCUUGAAGCAAUUGUAGAGUCUGCCUUGUACAAAUGUGUCCUGAAGCCCCUGAAAGAAGCCAUCAACUCCUGCCUGCAUGAGAUCCACAGCAAGGAUGGCUCAUUGCAGCAGCUCAAGGAGAACCAGCUGGUGAUCCUGUCCACCACCACCACCGACCUGGGCGUGACCACCAGUGUACCGGAAGUGCCCGUCAUGGAGAAGAUCCUGCAGAAGUUCGCCAGCAUGCACAAGGCCUACUCACCUGAAAAGAAGAUCUCCAUCCUGCUCAAGACCUGCAAGCUCAUCUAUGACUCCAUGGCCCUCGGCAACCCAGGGAAGCCCUACGGGGCAGACGACUUCCUGCCCGUGCUCAUGUAUGUGCUGGCCCGCAGCAACCUCGCCGAGAUGCUCCUCAACGUGGAGUACAUGAUGGAGCUCAUGGACCCUGCCCUGCAGCUAGGGGAGGGUUCCUACUAUCUGACCACCACCUACGGGGCCCUGGAGCACAUCAAGAACUAUGACAAGAUCACGGUGACCCGGCAGCUGAGCGUGGAGGUGCAGGACUCCAUCCACCGCUGGGAGCGCCGGCGCACGCUCAACAAGGCUCGGGCCUCCCGCUCCUCCGUGCAGGACUUCAUCUGCGUGUCGUACCUGGAGCCCGAGCAGCAGUCGCGGACGCUGGCGUCGCGGGCUGACACGUCGGCCCAGGCGCUGUGCGCCCAGUGCGCCGAGAAGUUCGAGGUGGCGCAGCCCGGGGACCACCGGCUCUUCGUGCUGGUGGACGGGCGCUGCUUCCAGCUGGCAGACGACGCGCUGCCCCACCGCCUCAAGGGCUACCUGCUGCGAAGCGAGCCCAAGCGCGACUUCCACUUCGUGUACCGGCCCCUGGAUGGCGGCGGGGGCAGCGGGAGCCCCCCCUACCUGGUCGUGCGGGAGCCCAACUUCCUGUGAGGCCGGCCGCUGCAGCUCCUGAUGGCACUUUUCCUGAGACCGGCUGGGGACAGAAGAGCGGGCGGGCGGGGCUCACUCCUGACCCCCCACACUCACACUCAUACAUGCAUGCGACCUACAUCUGCCCACACGUCACACGUGCAUGCCACCCAGUGAGCAUGCCAAAACCAACGUCACAGGAUAAUUGUGGAGAGAGCCCGAAGCAGCGGCCAGGGCAUUUGCUGAGAAGAGUCAUAGUGCUAGAGACCAUGUUCUUCAUUAGACAGGAAGGGAAGCUGAGGCUCUGAGAGGGCAGAGGCUCUCCAGCCAACUGCAGCAAAUGAGCCUGCCCCCGGUUCACCCCUCAGGUCAUUCCCUCCCUGCCUCCCCCUGCCCACUCCAUCUUCCAUCUUUCCAGGGGAGGGCCUGAGCUUGGUUUCCCCAGGACAGGCCCAGGAAGGGGUGCCUGGCUGCACCUGUUCCCCGUGCCCCUCAGGAUGGAGCUGGGAUCAUCUCAGCAGCAUCUCCCAGGGUGUAUGUUAGGAGACAGGCCCCCACCCCUGCACGGGAGCCUGCCCUCAGCUACCAG